CACUCCAACGAAAAGCAGAGAAGAAGAAAGCAUAACCACAAAAUAGAAGAGAGUUUCAUCAGCUAGCUGUUCAAAAAAGAGAGAAACAUGGGAGGAAAGAAGCUUGAUAAUACAAGUAGCAACGGAAAUGCCACCGCCGGCGACUGUCCGUCAGUCUCCCGUCAUCAAUCUUGACCGCGGGGAUCCGUCGGUGUUCGAGCCGUACUGGAAGAAGAACGGCGGCAAGUGCACGAUCACCAUCUCCGGCCACGAGUCGCUGAGCUACUUCUCGGACCCUCACAGCGUGUGCUGGUACAUGGAGCCGGAGCUCCAGGAAGCGAUCCGGAGGGUCCACCGGAUCGUGGGGAACGCCCGCACAGAAGGAUACCACGUGGUGGUCGGGACGGGAUCCACCGUCCUCUUUCAGGCGGCGCUUUACGCCCUCUCCUCCUCCUCCGCUGCCGUCGCCCAGCCCAUGAAAGUCGUCUGCGCCGCUCCUUACUACUCGCAAUACAAGGAGCAGGUGGAGUUGCUGCAAUCCCGACUGUACGAAUGGGGCGGCGACGCUAAAACGUACGACGACGAGGACAAGACAGCGCCGUUCAUCGAGGUGGUGACGUCACCGAACAACCCGGACGGCAGCCUCCGUGAAGCAAUGGUGGCGAACAAGACGGAGAACGGUGGGAAGCUGAUCCACGACCUGGCCUACUACUGGCCCAACUACACCCCUAUCACCCGCCCCGCCGACAAUGACAUCAUGCUCUUCACCCUCACCAAGUGCACCGGGCACGCCGGCUCCAGGAUCGGCUGGGCACUGGUCAAGGACGUGGCUGUGGCGCAGAAGAUGACGUCGUUCAUGCAGAUCACGACAAUCGGGGUAUCCAAGGAUUCCCAGCUGCAAGCCGCCAAGAUCCUUCAAGUGGUGGCCGACGACUGCGAGAGUAAAGCCGGGGCGUUCGGUUACGGCGGGGAUGACGCGGACAGGACGUUCUUCGGCGAGUGUAGGAAGGUGAUGGCCGGGAGGUGGGAGAAGCUGAGGGAAGUCGUCAAGGGGAAAGAUGUGUUUGGUCUGCCAAAGUACCCGAAACGGUAUUGCAACUUCAGUGGGAGAUAUUUCCAGCCUGCUCCUGCUUUUGGGUGGCUAGAGUGCAAGGAAGGGUGCGAUGCAUCGGCAUUGAUGAAGGCGAACAAUGUGCUGACGAGGGGAGGGGAGACAUUUGGGGCGAGCAAUAGGUACACGCGGAUCACUAUGAUUGGUCGGGAGGAAGAGUUCGACUGUUUCCUUGAGAGGAUUUCAGGGAUUCAUUGUGUUGAUGAAGAUAAAGAUAAAGAUAAAGAAGGAGAAGAAGGGUUGGUCGUGAUUCUUGACAACAAUGGCGAUGCUCAUCGUGGAAACGGGGAUUCCAAUGGCCAUGGGAAUUGGCUUCAUGAAGUGAAGUGAAGGUGUUGGAGAAUGGAACGAGGGUCUUAAUUAAUUGGAGGAUAAUAAUUAAUUAUUAAUUAAUUUUUUUAACUCUUUUGCUGGUAGGGGUAUGUGUGUAUAUAGUAGGGAAAGGUAUUGUUGUGUUUAUGGAGUUUGAAGAGGUAAAGCCCCAAAGGAUGAGUUCAACCAUUGAGUUAUUGGGCUCAUCUUAAGCUGGGUUUUGGAGUGUUUUAGUGGUAAGCAUAAUAUGUUUGUUGUUUCUCUCUUUUUUGUUUUCUGGCUCCUUGGAUAGAUGAUGAUCCCUGCCUUGUUCUAGUUUUGUUUAGGGCACGACGGCGGAGUCAGGGAUAUUCAGUUUCUUGGAGCUAGUGUAUAAUCCAAAAAAAAUGUAUAAUAAAAGUAAUUAUUUUCU